AUGCCAGCAGCCCACGAUAGCUUCCCCUUGGAUUCGAGAUUGUACCGUCAGGCCGUUCUGGCUGCACGCCGCCUGCCGGGAAGUGGGCGACACGAAGACUUGGAGAUCUCGAAGAUGGUCGCCGUCGCCUCUCUAGGAUGCCUGGCAACUUUGCGCGCGCGUCCAAGGCGUCCCGGGACAGCAUUAGAGACUUCCCAACGCAGCCGGACUUAUUCCAGCGAUUCCCAAGCCCUGCUUCGGCCCGCCUUUCUCGCCGCGAUUGAGACUGAUCUUGCACAAAAACUCCGGCUCUACCUGGCGAGUCUGGCAGUCUCGCUUACGGAUAGCCAGAUCUGGGCGAUUGAACGGGGCCUCUUGACAUUGCUGGCAGCUCCUUACAAACAAUCAUCCCUCGGAGAGUUCUCAAAAGCGUCGCAGCGGGGCGAUUCCCCGGCGUUCCGCUGCAACCUGGUUCUGUUCAGCUUGCUGGCCUUCGAGCCGACAGCGGAGAAGCUCCGCGCCCACAACGCGCUUGAAGGAUUCCGGCCCCACAACCAGAAGAUCAACAGCGCGGAAGUGCACCCCUGGUCUGGUUUUGUGAAGAGAUUGCAAGGUGUCGUUAUACCGGUUGCUAACGAGUACUUCGAAAACUGGAAGAUGACAGGAGACCGUUAUGAUGGCAGGUUCUGGAUCCCUGUUGUGUGUUCUUGGACACUGUGCGCGGCCGGCCGCGAGCCCGUCGUUGGGAAGCGUUUUAGCAGCAACGAGCACCAGAAGCUCCAUUGGGCAACCCACAAAGUCCAUUGUAAGGCGGACCCCGCUCAGAAUUAG